AGCGCCGCAAACUUCUUCCGGUUGACACUUCCGGUGUAGAGCGAGUCCAUGCUUGCUCCGCUUCAGAGUACAUAUACAAUUGCUCUAAAUCAAUUGGAUCAAGUCUAAUUUUAAACAGCCACCUCCAUUCAGUCAGUAGGAUGUCCAGUUCGGACGUGCUAGCCAGUCCCAGUGGUGUGGACGUGUCCUCCUCUCCCAAAUCACCACUGGCUGAAACCCAGCAACCUGACAAGGACUCCAAACCAGUAACCAAACAGAACCCUGUCCCUGCCUCCCCUCCCCUCCAUGGUCUGAAGCUGGCUCCCCACAGGGAGCUGGAGCAGGCACAGCAGAGGGGCAGGCUGAAGUGUUCUAGCUGCGGAGGCUCCCGGAUGUUCUUCUGCUACACCUGCUGCUCUUUAGUGGGCGUCAGCCAGCAGGAAAUCCCCUCUGUCAAGCUCCCUAUAAAGAUUGACAUCAUCAAGCAUCCCAGUGAGGUUGAUGGGAAGAGCACAGCCAUACACGCCAAGAUCCUCGCCCCCGAUGAUGUCACCAUCUACACCUACCCCUGCAUACCUGAGUAUGAAGAUGACACAGACAAAGUAGUGCUGGUGUUCCCUGGUCCUGGAUCAGUCUCAGUGGAGGAGAUGACAUGGAGAUUACAGAACCUGGCUGUCAUGAAGUCAGCUGCCUCCCCAGAUGAGGAACCGUCCCCAAAGAGGCCCAGAGCCGAGGAGACGCCAGGGGCCACACAGCAGGCUGAGGGACACACAUCAGGAGCCACACACACAGAAGAGAGGGGAGGGGAAGCAGGGAUAGAGGGCCAGACUGAGACACCAGGGGCCUGUCCCCUCCAGAGAGUGGUGUUCAUCGACAGCACAUGGAACCAGACCACCAGAAUCAUCACAGAUGAGAGACUACAGGCGUUGCUCCGUGUGGAGCUGAAGACCAGGAAGACGUGUUUCUGGCGCCAUCAGAAAGGUUCUCCAGACACCUACCUGGCAACCAUAGAGGCUGUCUACUACUUCCUCAAGGACUACCAGGAGCUGUGUCUGAGACAGGAGUACACAGGACAGUACGACAACCUGAUGUACUUCUACUGUUACCUACACACACUGAUCAACAAGGCUAAGACAACCGCUGGGAGACGCUGAGACUGCAGAUAGGAGAGAGAGGCCAAAACUACCGCUGAGAGACACACAGACUGCAGAUAGGAGAGAGGCCAAAACUACCGCUGGGAGACGCAGAGACUGCAGAUAGGAGAGAGGCCAAAACUACCGCUGGGAGACAGAGGCUGCAGAUAGGAGAGAGGCCAAAACUACCGCUGGGAGACACAGAGGCUGCAGAUAGUAGAGAGAGGCCAAAACUACCGCUGAGAGACACAGAGGCUGCAGAUAGGAGAGAGGCCAAAACUACCGCUGGGAGACACAGAGGCUGCAGAUAGUAGAGAGAGGCCAAAACUACCGCUGAGAGAUGCAGAGACUGCAGAUAGGAGAGAGAGGCCAAAACUACCGCUGAGAGAUGCAGAGACUGCAGAUAGGAGAGAGAGGCCAAAACUACCGCUGGGAGACGCAGAGACUGCAGAUAGGAGAGAGAGAGGCCAAAACUACCACUGGGAGACACAGAGACUGGAGAUAGGAGAGAGAGGCCAAAACUACCGCUGGGAGACUGCAGAUAGGAGAGAGAGGCCAAAACUACCGCUGGGAGACGCAGAGACUGCAGAUAGGAGAGAGAGGCCAAAACUACCGCUGGGAGACAGAGACUGGAGAUGGGAGAGAGAGGCCAAAACUACAGCUGGGAGACACAGAGACUGGAGAUAGGAGAGAGAGGCCAAAACUACCGCUGGGAGACUGCAGAUAUGAGAGAGAGGCCAAAACUACAGCUGGGAGACACAGAGACUGGAGAUAGGAGAGAGAGGCCAAAACUACCGCUGGGAGACUGCAGAUAGGAGAGAGAGGCCAAAACUACCGCUGGGAGACGCAGAGACUGCAGAUAGGAGAGAGAGGCCAAAACUACCGCUGGGAGACACAGAGACUGGAGAGAGAGGCCAAAACUACCGCUGGGAGACUGCAGAUAGGAGAGAGAGGCCAAAACUACAGCUGGGAGACACAGAGACUGGAGAUAGGAGAGAGAGGCCAAAACUACCGCUGGGAGACGCAGAGACUGCAGAUAGGAGAGAGAACCUACCUACACGCACAAUCACCACCAAGGCCUCCAAAAAUAGCUGACAAACUGUCUCACUAACCAGUUUUCCAUCCAGCCUUUUUAUGCGAGUAAAGUACGUCUCUCACCUGCCAGUCAGGUAGCCUUGUCAUCUUAGUUUUGCUCUUGCACUUUGAGAUUUUUGGGUUUUGGAAUUGAUCAAAAGAUUUGUCACGCUCCCCAUAGAGAUAUAAUAUAAACGUUGUAACUUUCCAAAUGUCGACAAAACAAAAUACGCUAUACAAGGCAGUGGCGACCCAUCAUUCAGAGCAGGUGGCUUGUCUGUCUCCCCCUUAUGCCGUAGUUUGUACAUCUCCAUUGUCAGUAGAAACCACAUUUAAGCAAGUCAGCCAUAUCAGCCAUGUUUUUUUUUAAGGCAGUAAAUGAGGCUGAAAGAAGUGUUUCGCUGCCAGACCAGGCUCAGCUGUUAGCCAGGUGUAGCUGGUUAUGGGACUGCUGUUGGGACAGCUUUAUGUCGGCCCUAACAGGUUGUGGGCACCGUUAUAGUGCUAUUAAUGUAUUGUUUAGUGACUUCUGGCAAGCAUCCCACUUUCUUUUUUUGAUUACAUUGUUUUGCCCCACCAAGAUUUACAUGCUAAAAUCACCACUGAGACAAGGUAGGAUCUUUUUGUGUCUAAAAUCACCACAGAGACAAGGUAGGAUCUUUUUGUGUCUAAAAUCACCACUGAGACAAGGUAGGAUCUUUUUGUCUAAAAUGCAAGACAUGGCGGUGGAAAUGCGUUUGUGCACUAAUAUUGAGAUAAACAUAUAUUGAAGUAAAUUUAAGUCACACAAUGACAUUUUGUGUGGUCCUCCCACUAUGAUUUAGGCUACAGAUGAAAUAUGUUAACUUUACAGGGUGGUGAAGGUACAAGGUGAUGGGCUUGAUGUGCCUUUCCAAUAAAUAUCCGGGGUCUUAUUCUGGUGACAUGAUCGAUGCUUUGUUGCCUUUUUGACAAAUGAAGAAUCUGGCUCUUUGUCCAUAAUAAUGUCAUGUAGGCUAUAGCUACACUGUAUCUGGCUCUAUGUCCAUAAUAAUCUCAUGUAGGCUAUAGCUACACUGUAUCUGGCUCUAUGUCCAUAAUAAUGUCAUGUAGGCUAUAGCUACACUGUAUCUGGCUCUAUGUCCAUAAUAAUGUCAUGUAGGCUAUAGCUACACUGUAUCUGGCUCUAUGUCCAUAAUAAUGUCAUGUAGGCUAUAGCUACACUGUAUCUGGCUCUAUGUCCAUAAUAAUGUCAUGUAGGCUAUAGCUACACUGUAUCUGGCUCUAUGUCCAUAAUAAUGUCAUGUAGGCUAUAGCUACACUGUAUCUGGCUCUAUGUCCAUAAUAAUGUCAUGUAGGCUAUAGCUACACUGUAUCUGGCUCUAUGUCCAUAAUAAUGUCAUGUAGGCUAUAGCUACACUGUAUCUGGCUCUAUGUCCAUAAUAAUGUCAUGUAGGCUAUAGCUACACUGUAUCUGGCUCUAUGUCCAUAAUAAUGUCAUGUAGGCUAUAGCUACACUGUAUCUGGCUCUAUGUCCAUAAUAAUGUCAUGUAGGCUAUAGCUACACUGUAUCUGGCUCUAUGUCCAUAAUAAUGUCAUGUAGGCUAUAGCUACACUGUAUCUGGCUCUAUGUCCAUAAUAAUGUCAUGUAGGCUAUAGCUACACUGUAUCUGGCUCUAUGUCCAUAAUAAUGUCAUGUAGGCUAUAGCUACACUGUAUCUGGCUCUAUGUCCAUAAUAAUGUCAUGUAGGCUAUAGCUACACUGUAUCUGGCUCUAUGUCCAUAAUAAUGUCAUGUAGGCUAUAGCUACACUGUAUCUGGCUCUAUGUCCAUAAUAAUGUCAUGUAGGCUAUAGCUACACUGUAUCUGGCUCUAUGUCCAUAAUAAUGUCAUGUAGGCUAUAGCUACACUGUAUCUGGCUCUAUGUCCAUAAUAAUGUCAUGUAGGCUAUAGCUACACUGUAUCUGGCUCUAUGUCCAUAAUAAUGUCAUGUAGGCUAUAGCUACACUGUAUCUGGCUCUAUGUCCAUAAUAAUGUCAUGUAGGCUAUAGCUACACUGUAUCUGGCUCUAUGUCCAUAAUAAUGUCAUGUAGGCUAUAGCUAUACUGUAUCUGCAAGCUGUUGGUUGGAACACACAUGCCAAGGCCAGAGUGGAACCAUUUGCUAUAUAACGCAACAAAACCAUCAGAGUUAAAUGUGAUGGAACCCCAUUUUUUAAAGUUACUUCUAUGUGCACUACAGCCUUUUAUCCACAACAAGUCAAUUUGAUAAACAUCUCUGGUGGGAAAAUGCAUUUUGUUUUUAUAAUAUUCUAAUGAAACCUAGCUACUGUCUAAAACUCAGAUUUAUGUGGAGGACAACGUACAGCUCUAAUUUGAUCCAAAUAUAACAGAUUGAAACUCUUGGUGCUGUCUUUCAGUGAUUCAGGUUCACCCAUCAGAUGUUAUGUUCUAAGGAAUGGUUGUUACUGUGCAACAUGUCAUGUUGAAUUAUGACCAGUAUAUCACCUGGUCUGUUUCGGUAUAAAAUGACCAAAGGAAAUGUGAGUAUAUGUGAAUACAGAAGUGUAAAGAUUUUGUUAAAGGCUGGGGUUGAAUUUAUUACGCUGGACAUCUGUCAAUGCGGCUUGUUCUUAAUUUGUAUGUAUGGUGAACGCUGUGCAUGUAGGUUCCAUUACCUUUAACAGGCUAGAUCAACACGCUGCAGGGGUUUGAGCUGCUGGUGUUUACUGGUUGAGAGCCAGUCUACCGUUAGCUACUGGGAGUAUGUGGCUUCAUCUCCAAUUGGUGUUGCUCAGUGCUUUUGUGUGAAAUUAUACCUGACAAGCUCUUACAAAUACAAUUGAAUAGGGAACUUUAGCCAACAGAUCACAUUCAAAACAGAUUUUUAUUUACAAAUCAGGGCAGGCAGUGCAUGGGUUAAUUUAAAUGUAAUCUAAUCGUUGUGUCCACACCUUUGGUUCAACAUCACUGCCCAACAUCCAAUAAUCAUAUGUACUGAGGACCUCUAUAAUCAUCAAGCCACUAAGUGUAAAAAUAUUCAAUGUUGUUUACUAAUCUUAACCAUACACCUGCAUCUGGAUUAAAGACUAAUAAAUACAUCUGUAAAGCCGA